GUGAGGUGCUUCGCAGCCGCGGCGUCCGGAGCGGUACCUCUGGUCCGUCAGUGGUGCUCCGUGCCUAGUUCUUCUCGUCCUCUGCGUCAGCUAUGGCGGAGGCGAUGGAUGUGGGCAAAGACAACGGGCCCACUCACUCCUCGACUCUGUUCGUGAGGGAAGAUGGCAGCUCCAUAUCCUUCUACGUGCGUCCCAGCCCGGCGAAACGCCGGCUCUCGACGCUCAUCCUGCACGGCGGCGGCACCCAGAGCCGGGGGCAGGAGCCGCCGCUCACGGGGCGAGUCGCCUUCACCGACGCGGACGACGUGGCCAUCCUCACCUACGUGAAGGAACAUGCCCGCUCGACCAGCUCCGUCACGGGCAACGCCUUGUGGAAAGCGAUGGAGAAAAGCGCGCUCACUCCGCACUCGUGGCAGUCCCUGAAGGACCGCUACUUAAAGCACCUGCGGGGCCAGGAGCACAAGUACCUUUUGGGGGACGCCCCCGUGAGCCCGUCCUCCCAGAAACUCAAGCGGAAAGCGGAGGAAGACCCGGAGGCUGCCGACAGCGGGGAACCACAGAAUAAGAGAACUCCCGACUUGCCUGAAGAAGAAGAGGAAGAGGAGGAAGAAGAGGAAGAAGAAUUUGUAAAGGAAGAGAUCAAGGAGAAUGAAGAAGCAGUCAAAAAGAUGCUUAUAGAAGCCACCCGGGGGUUUGAGGAGGUUGUGGUGGAGGAGAGCCCUGAUUUUGAAAUACACAUAACAAUGUGUGAUGAUGAUCCACCCACACCUGAAGAAGACUCAGAAACACAGCCUGAUGAGGAAGAAGAAGGAAAAGUUUCUCCACCAGAAGUGGGAGCUGCAAUUAAGAUCAUCCGGCAGUUAAUGGAAAAGUUUAACUUGGAUCUGUCAACAGUUACACAGGCCUUCCUAAAAAAUAGUGGUGAGGUGGAGGCUACCACCUCCUUUUUAGAGUCUGGUCAGAGGGCUGAUGGGUAUCCCAUUUGGUCCCGACAGGAUGACUUAGAUUUGCAAAAGGGUGAUGAGGAUGCCCGAGAUACAUUGGUCAAAAAAUUUGGUGCUCAAAAUGUAGCUCGGAGAAUUGAAUUCCGAAAGAAAUAAUUGACAGGAUAACGAGAAAAGAAAAGAGGUGUGGCAGAUGAGGUGGUAUUUUGUGACCAUUGAACUUCAGAGAUUUUUAUGUUGGAACUGACAUGUCUUCUGACCAAAUGUUGUCAUUGCUCUGUGAGUCCAAGAUUUUGUAGCUAUGCAGAGUUGUGUAGGAUAAAAAUAAAAGAUAUUGGAUAUAUUUAGAGCUGUCCCUGGCAGUAUCAGUGUUUCUUGAAGGAAAAUAUAAACCAGAGAGAGGUUGGUCUACAUAGUAAUCUUUUUUUGGAAUGGAACCUGUAUCUUAUUGUACAGGAACUAAUAACCCAGUUAAAGGAAGAAAAUUGGAAGACAGGUCUUUUCAGGCAGUGUGAAUAAAGAGCCUCCUGUCCUUUGGCAGAAGCUCCUCUAGAUUGUGAUAGAUUCUAAGUCAAGGAUUUAGAAAUAUGGAAAGAUUUCAUUACAAGACCUUGAACAUGGAUUACCCCAAACCUUUGCAUCCCCCAGUGAGCUCUGAUUUCUAAGAUCAUCCGACAGUUAAUGGAAAAGUUUAACUUGGAUCUGUCAACUACUUUGAAAACCCCAUGUUUCCUUUGCUAACAAUAUUUGGGGACCCUGCUCCUUGGCUGUUCUUUGAGUCCUUGUCAGUCAAGCAUCUAACGUGUUUCUUUACCUAUCACCCAGUUUUGUUUAAAGAGUCUCAAGAAUAGUCUUACUUGGUUACUAGUAAUAAUGUGUUUCUAUUUGUUGAGGACAAUUUUGUGAUAAGGUUGUGUUAGACUUAAAAAUUAGUGAAUUAAUUCCUCUUUGUUGUGUUGCUUUUGUUAUUGAAAAUAAAUGGAACUUUGUA